AUGCUCGCCCCUCAUGCCGUCCAGGUUGGGCGCGCACUGACCCGGCUCCAGGCCGGUAAAGAGCCAGGAGGAGGUUGGUUGGACCUGAGUAACUUUGUAUCUUCCUCGGGAAAGAGCGGCCAGGAUGUCUAUUCCGACCUGUCUGAGGCCAUAGGCAGGGAUGUCUACAUCGAUGUCUCCGGCUGGCACCUGUACCUGCGGGACGUCAAGGUACCAGACUCGGGCGGCACCACCCUGGCUUCCGGACUGGCAGCAAUGCUGGCCCAGGAGGGGGAUGGUGCUGACGUGGCAGGCGUCCUCGGCCAAGUGCCCGUGCCCCUGGGAGGAGGACAGGUCACCCUGUCCCUUGCGGACGUGAUUCCCAAGUCUGGUGUGCGGAACUUGGAGAAUCUAUUUAAAGGCUGGCUGCAUGACCUGUAG